GUAGGGCUUCCCCCAGGGCACGCCACGUGUCCCCCCCAACAUCGGGGACACGUGGCCGGUCCCGCACCCCAGCCAGGGGAAGUAGGGCCUCCCCCAGGGCACGGCACGUGUCCCCCCAACAUUGGGGACACGUGGUCGGUCCCGCACCCCAGCCAGGGGAAGUAGGGCCUCCCCCAGGGCACGCCACGUGUCUCCCCCAACAUCGGAGACACGUGGCAGGUCCUGCACCUCAGCCAGGGCUGGAACUACAGAGCUGACCGCCAGGAGGAGGCAAGAGGAGGAGGAAGAGACACCGACCUCACAGAGGAGGCCAGAGGAGGAGGACGAUGGAGAUGAGGGCCCCAGUGGGCGAAUGGGGCGAAGAUUUACCAGUGAAGAGAAUGCAGCACUGGUUGAUGAAGUGAUCGUGCAAUGGGAUGUGUUAUUUGGAUGUCGAUCCCAUUGCAUCAAUGCUGCCAGACGCAAAAAAAUCUGGCAGCUGGUAACGGACAAAGUUAAUGCUGUAGGCGCUGUACACAGAGAUCGUAACACUGUGUACAAGCGCUUCAGUGACCUGAAGCGUUGGAUGCGGGCGAAGUUUGCUGCCAGGAGAGCAAAGGCCCAGAAGACCGGCGGGGGCAGAUUACCAUCUUUGAGGCUCCAGCCUCAUGAACGCCGGCUUCUGGACAUUAUGGGCAGAGAGGUCUGUGAAGGUUUAGAAGGCUCACAUGACACAGACUGGAGAACACCACCGCGGACAGUGCCACAACCCCCGGACAGUGACCAGGACCAGGACCUUGAUCCUCAGCAGCCCCAGGAAGAGGGUGAGGCUGCAGAGAGCCCUAGAGCCCCACAAGCUCAAGAACAUCGAGCUCCCCGGCGUGCCCAGUCGCCAGCCGUGCUACCUGUGGUGCCCCCCAGACGUGAUGCUGCUGAAGCAGGUGCUGCAGCUCCUGCUGCUGCUGCACCAAUUGGGGGACCACCACAGGAGCAACCACAGCGACUGGGUGAGAGACGUGGGCAGUAUUUGGGGCUUAUGCAAAUUCUCAUCCAACAGCAACGCCGCCACAGUCUCUGGAUGCGAAGAUGGUUUGCUCACAUGCAUGCCGCCUUCCGUGAUGGUAUGCAGAGCAUGGAGCAAACCCUCCAAAGAAGCAUCCAGGACCUGGUGGUGGCUAUUCGAGAACUGGCCUCACCAAACCACGGGGUUCUGCUGAGGGUCCAGUCCCUGGUCCUGCUGCUGCUCCCCCUCCACCCCCUGCAUCUCCUCAGCAGCGCAGAGGAAGGGGGCGUGGAAGGGGACAAGGUCCUGGUCCGAGGGGAUAAGCGCAAACAUCCCUAG